UUUUUUUAUUUUGUAAAAUUGACAAGACCCAGCUUAAAUUAAACGGAAGAAAUUCGUCCCAUGCAGUGCCGACGACGCCGGAGCGCUUUGAUUUUGUUGUCGGUCCACUAGGUCAGUUUAGUAAUUUACCGCUGGCAAGUCACAACAUAAGUGCCCUGCUUCAACAAUUCAACUUGCAUUCGAUGUCUUUUAGGAAGCCAAAGAAAAAAAAAAUCCAGCAAGAACCUUGUGAGGUGCUGUGGCUUCUAUAAUUCUUUUUCUUUCAUCUCUCUCUGUCCCCUUCUUCUCCUUCCCCAAACAGUACCCCCCGUGGGUCUGCGACACAUUUGCCGGGAAAGUAUCAGAAAAACUCGAAAAGGAAAGCAAAAUUUCUCAGUUUCUCGAAGAUAAUGCAAGGAUUUGCAGCAGACCCAGAAGCAGAGGGUGAAGGAACAGAGCUCCACCUCGUCUUUAAUGGCGGAUUCUAAGCUCUCUCCCCUCAUCUUUUUCUUAUUCUUCUUCUUACUCUGUACUUCGUCUUCCUCAGUUGCAGAGAUUAAGCAACAGUCAAACCUGAACCAGCCCUUCGUCGGAAUCAACAUCGGCACAGACGUAUCCAACCUGCUCCCGGCGACGGAAUUGGUCUCCUUCCUCCAAUUGCAGAAGAUCGGCCACAUUCGGAUCUACGACGCGGACCCGAACAUGCUCAGAGCUCUGGCCCGAACCAAGAUCCGGGUCGUGAUCGGAGUACCCAACAACCAGCUCCUCGCACUCGGCUCCUCCAACGCCACCGCCGCCGCCUGGGUCGCCCGAAACGUCGCCGCUUACCACCCCGAAACUGUCAUUACCGGCAUUGCCGUCGGCGACGAGGUCCUCACCACCAUACCCUCCUCGGCUCCCUUGCUCCUUCCGGCGAUAGAGUCACUCUACAGUGCUUUAGUGGCUUCAAAUCUUCAUACCCAGAUCAAGAUUUCAACCCCACAUGCCGCCUCCAUCAUUCUCGAUCCUUUUCCCCCUUCGCAAGCCUUCUUCAACCAAACCCUAACUCCAAUUCUGCUUCCCCUGUUUCAGUUCCUGUCAAAAACAGAGUCUCCCCUGAUGAUGAAUCUGUACCCUUACUACGUUUUCAUGGAGAACAAAGGGGUUGUACCUCUGGAGAAUUCGCUCUUCAAACCCUUGACCCCUUCCAAGGAAAUGGUCGACCCCAAUACUCUGCUUCACUAUACCAAUGUGCUUGAUGCAAUGAUUGAUUCAGCCUACUUCUCUUUGAAGAAUCUCAACAUCACUGACGUUGUGGUUUUGGUCACAGAGACUGGGUGGCCUUCAAAGGGCGAAUCGAAAGAGCCUUACGCCACUAGAGAUAACGCAGACACCUAUAAUUCGAAUCUGAUAAAGCACGUUAAUGACCAGAGCGGGACUCCCCUGCACCCGGAGAUCACCUCCAGUGUGUACAUAUAUGAAUUGUUCAAUGAGGACUUGAGGUCGCCUCCCAUAUCAGAGGCGAAUUGGGGGCUGUUCUAUGCAAACAUGACUCCUGUGUACCUGCUUCAUAUAUCUGGAAGUGGGUCUUUCUUGGCGAACGACACUACGAACCAGACAUACUGUGUGGCCAUGGAUGGGGUGGACUCGAGGAGCUUACAGGCUGCGCUGGACUGGGCAUGUGGACCGGGGCGGGCGAACUGCUCAGAGAUUCAGCCGGGGGAGGAUUGUUACAAUCCCAACAAUGUGAAGAGCCAUGCUUCUUAUGCGUUUGAUAGCUAUUACCAGAAGGAAGGGAAGGCUGGUGGGUCGUGUGACUUCAAGGGUGUGGCCAUGAUCACCACCACUGACCCUAGUCAUGGAAACUGCAUAUUUCCUGGAAGUAAGAAGGUGAGCAACAACACAAAUGAGGUAACGAAGAACAACACAGAAGCAACUAGUGCAGCAGACAGACUAAGAUUCAUCAGCAUCACAAGCACUCGAAUAAUUGUAAUCCACAGUGGUUUGCACAUUCUCUCUGUUGUAGCUGUGUUCUGUAGUUUAUUCAUUUCUUCAAUGACUCCAUGGUGGUGAGGUACAAAUGAAACAAUUUUUUCUUCUCAUUUUGGUGAUUUCAAUCUGGAAAAAAAGUAGAUAUAUGUUGUGAUUUCAGUGCCAAUCAAGGGAGGUGUAGCUUGCAAUGGAUGCUGUCAUUUUUUGACUUAUCCCUUAAUUCUUUUAUAGCAGUGUCUUUGUUACAAAGUUGUAUCAGUGUAAUUUUCAAUAUGAUUGGUGAGAUAAAGUGCUGUACAUCCACAAAAAAAAUGUUUUGACCUUUGGACUUACUCUUUUCUUAGAAUCUUAGGGAGCGUUUGGGAUGGACUUGGGACCCAAAAAGGAAAAAACUUAAUGACUCUUGAAGAAAAGUAAUUUGUUUGAAUGAUAAGACUCCAAAGUUAUUUUAA